GAUUUCCUAAAGGAGUCUGCGAGCGAGGGGCUGGGGCCAAGGGAGGAGCUGAAAACAGCCUGUGCCUUCUCUUAACAGUGUUGUUUGAAGAACACAAACUUUAAUCUGGAGUCCUGUUUACCUAAUUUUCCUUUUCUGGAUGACCUUUCUCAUGUCAUAGAACAUCCUAGUUGUGCCGUCUUCCUGAAGCCACCUGUGUUGUCAACCAGUCAUGGAUGAAGGAACCUCUGAAGUCAGUCCCAACACGCCUACAUUGGCCACCAAGGAUGAAAAAGAAAAAUGUGUGAAAUCCAAGAAACCCCCCAAAAAUGUGCUGAUCUUUUUAAUUAAUAGGCAACUGGGGAGACACAGAAGUGAUGUGGAUUUGUCCAAGUGGCUGUGGAUGCUGACAUAAGCCACACCAAGGGUGGAGUUGGCUGUUGCCAAAAAGUCAUAAAAGCUACCUGCUUAUGCCUGUCUGUAAUUUUAGAAAAAAAUGUAGGAUAACAGACUCCUCCCUUGUUU